GAUAUAGAUGAGGCGUAUUUCUUCUCCAUGGAGUGUUUUAUGCCGUAGAAAUGGUCCUGUGCUGCCAACAAUAUCUUGUAGAAGCGACUCAAUUUGUCCGGUGUGUUUGGAAGGGACGGGAUCUUAGGAAAUAGGUCGUGCAUGGGAACAGCAAGACCGUUGUAACCGCUUCUGCACAAUUAUAUCUACACCGGAUACCGGGAAAUGAGCCACACGCGAGCAAUGAACUGGAUACCGUCUACACGCGGAGCUGUCAGCAUAAAUAUAUGAUGUGUUUCAUCUGAUUUGAUCCUGUGCUUUCAUUGCAUCGACAUUCUUUAUCUAUGGCCGUUCUGUCAUCAUGAUAUCGGGUGUGUAAAGGGGCGCGCGCGUGAGCCGCAUCCGUGCGAGGUGCAUCUCAACAUGGCAGCAACGUAUCGAAAAGGAAGGAUAUCAAGCGGGAACACCUGUGGCUAUCCAGGGGACAUUUUAUCAGGGUUAGAUGGCCUGUCUUGAAUAAGAAACGUGCAAAUAUGGAGAGCUCCUGUUCAAGGAUGGUCCUGAGGAGCUCGCGGCGACUGCUUGGAUAUUGCGUGCUUUUACUCGCCGCCACAAUGUUGGUGGGAUUCAUGGCGAUGUCUUUCAAACCCGUUGCAGUGGAGCUCCCAUCCAACAUGUCCAGAAGGAGCCUCAAUCAUCUUCCAACAAGAGCACGUUCACCUCCUGCCUUAUCUUCAUCAUCAUCAUCUUCCUCAUCUCCUCAUCGCUCUGAAAGAACCAGGCGUCCAGCUCUUACGCCUCCAGGUGCCAAACAGCCCUCAUCCCCUGGUCACCAUGACAGUGCCUCCAGCAUAGAUCCCACCCCGUCCCUUGGAUCCGAAGGGUCGGGUAACGUAGGUGAUGGGGCCCAGGGCAUCCACCUGCUGUUACGGCCCCCAGACCUUCUAACGCCAAGCCAGAUGCCUCCCCUCCAUGUUGACAGACCGCCGACACCAGCCCCCCCAACCCUGGUGACCCCCGAAGACCUGUAUCCCAUCCACUCCGCUGAGGUGGACUGGGGCUCCGGAGACUACCUUGAAACUCUUACUUUCAUGGGAUCAGAAGGGGAGGAGUUUUCUCUCGUCACCGCCCUUCCUACGCAUGGAUAUGAUCCGUAUGAUACGGACGAUGAGGCCACGGUCAGCUACAACACAGCUUUCCCCUCUCGUCCCAUUCUGCCCCUCUCAUCCAGAGACCUCCAGCCCAGCGUGACUGUAAAAUAUGGGACUAACUUAAGGACGGCCCAUCCUACUGAUCCCCGCCUCCCAUUAGCUCCUGACUCCGCCCAUGAGAACGAUAUGGACGAUGAUUUGGAUUUCGAUUGGGCUGAGCUUUUUCCCAUUGAGCCGACUGAAAUGCUGCUUCCCGAUAUGAACAGUUUGGAAUACUACAACACAUUGCAAGCCAAAGAGAAUGCUAGUAUUGCGAGGAAUAGGACACACCCUCAUAUUACCCCAACACACACUGUGGGACCCACUCAAACUCCCACUGCAACAUUGGGAAAAGUCCCAGAUGAAAUCAAACGGAUGACUCCUGAACCUAUUCCACCCCAAAAACCUACGAAGCCUCCAAUCCCUUCAACCACUCAGACCCAACAACCACCUGAAGGCCCAGAUAAGGGUGUUCCUUCCAUACCCACAUCCCAUGUGGGCAAAACCCGACCAUCAGUGCCAACCUCCCUGCCUCCACCCGGCACCUCAGAGGGUCCAGUAAUACAAGCUGUCACGCUGAAGCCCCCUGCUACAAAACCCCGUAUGACCACCAUCAAAACUACCAUCAGAACUACAACUACAACUAAAUCCACAACUACCAAAAGCCCACCACCUACAACCCCCAGAAUUCCUCAGUCCAUCACACCCCGACAGUACGUCUGCAAUAUCACCAAACCGGACAUGUACCUAGUCAGAGUGGGCAUGCCUAGUGGGUCAUCGGUGGCGUUUGCCAAAGCUCAUGUGCGGGAGAUUCUUCGCCGAGAGUUCAAUCGUUCAGUGGAGCUCCAGGUCCUCAAAGCCCCACCCAAUUUCAUCUUCCGGGCCGUUUCCGGUCCACUGGUGUACACUGCUAUAUCAGUCAUUAAUGCUGUCCGCCAAUCAGUGCACAGCACUUCCUCUUCUUUCAUACUGUCCGUCACAACCAUAUAUGCAGUGCCUGAUUACAAACAUCAGGUCCACACAGUGCUGCAGUUUGUUCCGAGUCAUGUGGAUGUGCGUCUGUGUAGCUUUAGCGAGCGUGUGGAGAAGGGGCUACUCAUGGCGUAUGCGGAAGUACGCAAGCGUUCGCAAGAAAAUGGAGAUUUCACAGUUCAUAUUGUGAAUAUCACUAGCAGCCUUCCUAAGGGUCAGCGGCAGCAGAAGGCACCGGUGGACAUCACUUUUGCCGUGCGUGAUUCCCAAGGCUUCCUAACGGGAUCGGAUGUGAGUGGUCACAUGAGGCAGCUCAGCGCUGUGGAGUUCAGCUUCUACCUUGGUUUUCCUACCCUGCAGAUCGCUGAACCUUUUCAUUAUCCUGAACUGAAUGUGUCCCACCUGUUACACACAUCCUGGGUGAAAACAGUGUUACUCGGUGUGUUGGACCAGCGUGUGAAUGAGAGGACCUUCCAGGCCAAAAUGGAGAGGCGAUUAGCACUGCUGGUUGGAGAGGGACUUGGGAUCGGGGUUAGCAGUCGACGAUGGAGAAGAGCUACUAGUGUUGGCAACAACAGUGUUCAGAUUGUGCGAGUGUCCCGUCUGGAUGGCCCAGACUACCCGCUAGAGCUGGUGUAUUUUGUGGAAGCGGGGUCAGGAGAGAGGCUGCCAGCUCAGGCCACUGCGGCCAUGCUCAACAGACUGAACCUGCAGAGAGCCGCCAUCGUACUGGGCUACAGAGUACAUGGAGUUCUGGCCACACCUGUGGAGAAGCUGGCCCUGGCGCCCUCUGAGACUCAGCCCAGUAACGUGUGGCUGAUCGUUGGAGUUGUGGUCCCAGUUCUUGUGGUCAUCCUCAUCAUCAUCAUCCUCUACUGGAAACUGUGCCGCUCUGAGAAGCUGGAGUUUCAGCCUGACGCCAUGAGCACCAUCCAGCAGAGACAGAAGCUGCAGCCUCCCAGUGUUAAAGGGUUUGAUUUUGCUAAGCUACACCUGGGGCAGCAUAGUAAGGAUGACAUCAUGGUAAUCCAAGAACCCGCCCCUUUACCACCGCCGGUUAAAGAGGCCACGCCCUCAGAGGGCGGAGAAUUGAACACUCCAAAAUCGAAGAGCUCAUCUACAAAAGUAUCCCGUGCAGCACGGAGAAGAGGCCGAUUGUCUCCAUCUGAUGGAGAUUCUUUAGGAAGUGAAGCAUCCAGUGGAAGAGAAUCAGCAGAAGAAAGCACCAGACCUGCUGUGACGCCAAGUGACAGCAAACCCCAACAUCGCAAGAGCAAGCAUGCAAAAAACAAACUUGGUGCUCAACCUGGAAGUGGUGUAGAUGAGCAGUUGUCCUCAUCAUCCAUAUUUGAGCAUGUGGACCGUCUGUCUCGAGGUUCAUCAGAUGGAACACGCAGAGUGUCCAAUAAGAUCCAGCUCAUCGCCAUGCAGCCCAUGCCAAGCCCUCCCUCACAUCCACAUAACCAAGCCCUGAGUCCAAACCUGACAGACAAGAUGCCUGAUGGAGCAAUGGUCAAUAGUGAGAUUCAAGUGGCCUUGAGGCAUAAAUCUGAGAUCGAACACCAUCGCAAUAAGAUUCGCCUGCGUGCCAAGAGAAAGGGCCACUACGAGUUCCCCUCCAUGGAGGACAUCAUGGCAGCGUUCGCCGACAGCUCCGAACAACAGCGAGUGUAUCAGCAAGCCCAGGAACAGAUACACAAGAUCCUGCAUCCUGAAGAACACACAUCUUCAUCGUGCGGAGAGCCACGCAAAAGUUCCAAAGGAAGACGCUCUCCCAGACACAGACAAAGACAGAAUAUGAGUGGAAGCGGAAGUCUGAGAGACAAAGACCGUCUCAUUACUGACGGAGAUGCCACGUACAGGAAGUACCCUGGGGUCAACAAUGUGGCCUAUGUGUCCGAUGCAGAUCAGCUCCCAGAUGCAGGAAGCCCUUCUCCUACUGAUGAGGUGUUUUUAGACCCUGGCUCACCACCGUCAGGCGCCGCCCCUGCUCCGCCCGCCUACGUCGCCCCUCAGCCCACCAUCGAAGAAGCCCGGCAACAGAUGCACUCCUUAUUGGAUGAUGCGUUUGCUCUCGUCUCACCUUCUUCUCAAGGAAGCUCCGCUCCUCUAACAUUUACUGGUGUUACGGCAGUCACUGGCAUCGGAGGAGUCAGCCCCGGUCCACCCUCCAGUCCGUCCUUACGUCCUGCACGCCAGUGGGGCUCCUCUUCUUACCCAGCAGCCCCUGCACACAGUCCUUUCUCUGUGAGGUAUGCCGAGUUAGGAAUGUCUCCCACAUCGGUCCAAGGUUUACUGCAAAGGCAGACGCAGGGCUCUGGGUAUGUGGUGUCAGCAGAGAUGCAGUCAGAUCCUGGAUACUCCAGCAGGGGGCAGUAUGGAGAAGAGAUGUCAUCGUCUUCUCGGCCCCGACCAGUAGGGGGCAGCACAGGUGCACAGUUGCAUCAGCUGACACAAGUGGGCUUGUCAAGUCGGAUUGGAUUAUAUCCUGGAGUUGGCCGUAGUGUAUCUGGACCUUCAGGAUCAAGCUGGGCCCAGUACCGCUCAGAUGAGGAGGUUUCCAGACCAGGAUCCAACCGAGAGGCUAUACUGACAUUCCCAGAAUACUCUUCAUCGCCAGUAUUCCAGAUGCCCAGGACGUCCCUGCAGGAUCCCACCACACCCCAGGGUCACAUGGAAACCUCGAGCGUGGGGUACAUUGCCCCUGAGGAGCGUUCUCCACCCCCCCAGUCCUCUGCCUCUCUCAUCAAGGCCAUCAGGGAAGAACUCCAGAGACUUUCUCAGAAACAGGCUGCUGUUAUCAGCUACCAGAGUUGAGAAAGACCAUCCCGAAACCCCAGUCCUGGUUAAAAUCCCAACACAGCUCUGUGGUUGAGAAGCUGCUUCACACAAAAUCCAAACCAAAAUCUUCAAAUUCAAGUACGGCUGGUCUGUUACAUAUGAAGAAUUCCUCGCAUUAUCUUCCAAACUUGUAUUGCCAGGAAAUCCGCAAUUUAAAUUCUGCUGCUGACAUGCAGCAAACAAACUUAAAUACUCUCUCCAAUAAUUCACAAAAGAAAAAAAACUCACACUAAACAUCAUAUACAGACUGUUUAGAAAAAUAGACAGUUUCCUCAGACUCUUUCCUUCAGACUCUCAAUUUGCAUGCUGAGAGCUGUGAACAUUCAAGACUUCGAACUGACUGUUGCUAAUGUGAAAAUCCCUCCCCUUCAGUUCCAUGUCUCUCAAAGUGCUUCCUCCAAAUGGGUCAUCUUCAUGUCUGCGGACUUCCUCUGGUGCUAAACAUAAUUUCUGGUCUCCGCCACAAUAUCACAAUUCAGCCCUGUCUUAUAACUCUGAAGUGGAGUCCUUCACUUUAGUUGCUCAGUGUUCUCCCAUUUAUCAACGGUGGCUAAUCAAGAGGAAACAACCUCUGUUCCAACACCGAGAUGCAAAAUCAGGAUAGCUUGAUUUAUUAUUUAUUAUAAUUUAAUUAUGUUCCCUUAUAAAAUAAGUUUUAGCCAAAUUCUAAGGCAGCAUUGCAUGAUAAUACCCAUAAUACAUUCCAACAAGCAUGGUGGACAAACAAGAGAGAUAUAAUGUAUUAAGUUAUACUUCAUUCAGUAACAUUCAUAUAAACAUAAAGUGAGUUUUAGAGUAUUACAGCGUUAGCUUAGCAACAUGCUAAUGUCAAACCUUGAACAGAGCAAGAAAAAUGUUUGAUUAUAAAGUAAUAUGUCAUUCGAUAACGCUUAUAAAAACUUAAAAUGUGUUAUUUUCCCCAACAUUUGCAAAUUCUAUGUAUUUUUUGUAUUUAUUUGAAUAUCACGCCAUUAGCUUAGCAACAUGCUAACGUCAAAUUCUGGAUGAGGCAAGAACAUUUUUUGAUUCUAAAUGUAUAUUUAAUUCCAUAACGUUCAUAGAAUGUUUUAUGUUUAUACUUAUUGGAAUCAAAUCUAAUAUUUUGGAAUGUAAAAGAAAAUGUUGAUUAUAUUUGAUCAGUUACUGUACAUUGAAUUCAAUAAUUUUACCAAACAUUUGCAAGUACUGUGUAUUGUGUAUCUUAGCAAAAUGUUAAUGUCAAAAUCUUGGCAGGGAAAUGUUGAUUGUGUAAUAAUACUUUCGAUAACAUAUAAUGUAUUAUUGUGCCCAACACAGAGUUCCGUGUACACUUAUUAGAAUAUCAUGCUAUUAGCUUAGCAAUAUGCUAACGUUAAACAAUUGAAGUUAAUUGCAAAAUUUAGUCAGUUUGUGUUGCUGCCUAUAUAGUGUGUAUCUAGGUUUUGGAACAGAGCUAAUAUCAGUUAUGGUCUUCAGGUCUUGCCUUACAUUUGAGCCCAAGGUACUUCAGACUCUGCAGGGGAGGGAAGAAGAUCUUUUGUUUGGAUUGUAAACAGUGAAGUCACUCUAUGUACUCUUGAGUUUUUGAGUCAACCCACAUAUUUAGAUGAUCAACAGGCGGCCUUAGCUGCCGACCAGCAUGGUUCUCAUGCCAAUAACAUCAUGUUCAUUUGUCCAAACUGUCUUCAUCGAAAAGGUAUCGAAGCAAGCAUUCACAAUGCCCGUGUGUAAUCUUUUAAGCUCUUUUUGUCAGUGGGUUUUGAAAGUAUGGCUGAGGUAGUUUCUCAGUUUACAGAUAUUCAUUUUGCACAUUUUCUCAUCUUUGCACAUUCAUAUCAUGGUGAUGAUGGAAGUCAAUCAGUUAAAGAGUUUAUUGAAGAAAAGAGAGACAACUAUAGUAACUAUAUAAAUAUAUAAAGAAAGAUAUGAAUUCAUAUAGAGAUAUUUAUAUUGCAUAUUGAUGUAUCAACUCAUCAAGCACAAUCUGAUUAUAUGUUAGAUUAUAUGUUAAGCAUAUUAGAUUGUAUUUAUUUUUUAUUGUUAUGAAAGUGUUACAUAUUAAAGAUGUGUGAAAAGUGUUGCUAUGGGACUUUAAAAAAAGACCAAAUCACUGUUGAGGCAUAUAGUUAAUUUAGCUUCGUAAUUUGGUAGGCAUUCUCAAUGUAUUUUCAUGUAUUUGGUCAUGUGCAUUUACACAGAUUUGAGGUAAAGUAAAGAUUCCUGUAAGGAAAUGUGUUGAGGUUGAAGGCCUUUAUCACGAUUCUGUUUUAAUUCUCUGUCCUAUUACUUCUUCUCUUUAUUUUAUUGAUCAAACUUUUUUUUUCUCUUCUAUUUUUUCCCUGGGUUCCCACACUCAAAGCUUGAAAAGGGGUCAUGAAAAGAUAAUCAUAACUCCUUUAAUUACUAUAUUAUUUUCUGUAAUACUACAACAUAUAUCAUUAGCUUAAAAUGCUCUUUGCGAGUGCAAUAAAAUGAUUUAAAAAAUCUUUAUUAAAUAACCACAAAUGACUUGAAAAGUCAUGAGAUUUUGUUGGCCAAAAGUUGUGAAAACCCUAGCUUCUUUCUUUGUUUUGUUUAUUUACUUCUUGAUAUCUCAGUUUUUCUUACUUUUAAAAUUGUACUUCCUUCAUUAUUUCCGUCUUUCUAUCGAUAGACUCCUGGCAGGCCUUAAAUCAGGACGCAUGUGAAGUGAUGGAUUACGCUUUAUUUCUUCCUUGUUUAUUUUGUGUGCUAAUGUCUUGAUGGGCAUGCUAAUAGUCUUAAAAAAUAUAUUUGAAAAUACUACAAACAAGCUUAAUAGAAUUUAGCCUUCUUUGAAAGACUACUAUGUGAUGGUUCACGAGACUAAAAACCAAUGGUCAAAGCACAGAGAAACCAUCCUGAUCAUCAUCAAAAGAAAAAAUGUUCAGUAUUUUGUCAUUUAUAAACCUGAAUAAUAUUUUUGAAAGUAUUUGAAAAUCAGUAUUUAUCAAUAUAUCGUAUAAAAAAAAAGAGUAUUAAUAUGUAAACCGAUAUUUCUCCAUAUUUAAAUAUUCAGUAUGUAGUUGACAAGUAUGAGGCAAACAUCAUUGGUAGACGCCCCCCUUUCCCACUGUGCAAAGACCAACUGGGAAUUUUUUUUUUUUUUUCUUUCGUUUUUAUUUUACAUUUUUCUGAUUUAUUGAACUGUAUGCAUUCAUAAAAGACUAAGUUGAGAAUAAGAGAAUAAGUGUUGUAUUUACUGUCAGUUGAUUAACAAGGUGCUACUCAACAUGUGUGUGUGUGUGUGUGUGUAUGUAUGUGUGUGACUGUCUGAAACCAUCAAAACCUUACAGCACUGAACUGAACCUUAUCACAUUUAUAGCAAUUACCGGUACAAUGUAAAAGUUCAGAGAGUAAAUGAAUGCAAUGUGUGUGUGUGUGUGUGUGUGCAAAAGUAUACCUCCCCAUCCCUAUGUCGGUGCCAUAGAGGAUCUAAUAGAAAUGUGAACGAAAUCUUACAUAAAGUUCAUUUUUCAUUUCAUGUAAACUACCUGAAAUCUAAUGACAUUAUCAUUUUUUUUGCUGAUGCUAAGACCAUCUUUGUGAUCCUAUCAUUGAGGAAUAUGUAUCUUUCUCUCAGUCAGUCUUAUUUCUUUCUCUCUUGGUCUCUGCAAACAGCAUCCUAGUAUUUGAUGUUUAAUGUCUCUAUAUUGUUGUGUAAAUUAAAUAAUAAACAAUGUGCCGUCAA